AUGACAUCAUCCGCCCCGAAACCCCCGCGCGGGCACUUCAGCGUGCUCUAUUUUGCCGGCGCUGGCUCUUUCACGGGACGGGAUUCCGAGAGCUUGCCUGCGCCUUUGCCGUUAGGGAAGCUCUUUUCCGAGCUGGAGUCGCGAUAUCCCGGCGUCCAGGCCAAAAUUCUCGACUCGUGUUUGGUAACGGUCAACCUUGAUUACGUAGACGUUCCUGAAGAUGGCGAGGACGGCGCUCUGAUCCAAGAGGGAGAUGAGGUUGCCAUAAUUCCACCGGUCAGCUCUGGCUGA